GCCCAAGCCGCCGCCGCCGCCGCCUCCGAGCCGUGCGGGGCCAGGCCGCGCCCUCCCCGGGCGCCCGCCGGCUCGGAUGCCGAGGGGCUCCGGGGCGUAGCUGCGCGCCCGGCGCCGCCUCCGGGCCCCUCCGGCCCCGCCAUGGGCUGCUGCAGCUCCGCCUCCUCAGCCGCGCAGAGCUCCAAACGAGAAUGGAAGCCACUGGAGGACCGUAGCUGCACAGACAUACCGUGGCUACUGCUUUUUAUCCUCUUCUGCAUUGGAAUGGGAUUUAUUUGUGGCUUUUCAGUAGCAACAGGUGCAGCAGCAAGACUAGUGUCAGGAUACGACAGCUAUGGAAAUAUCUGUGGGCAGAAAAAUGCGAAGUUGGAAGCAAUACCAAACAGUGGCAUGGACCACACCCAUCGGAAGUAUGUAUUCUUUUUGGAUCCAUGUAAUCUGGACUUGAUAAACCGGAAGAUCAAGUCUGUAGCACUGUGUGUAGCAGCAUGUCCAAGACAAGAACUGAAAACCCUAAGUGAUGUUCAGAAGUUUGCAGAGAUAAAUGGCUCAGCGCUAUGCAGCUACGACCUAAAGCCUUCUGAAUAUACUACAUCAUCAAAAGCUUCUGUUCUUUGCCCCAAACUACCUGUUCCAGCGAGUGCACCUAUUCCAUUCUUCCAUCGCUGUGCUCCUGUGAACAUUUCCUGCUAUGCCAAGUUUGCAGAGGCCCUGAUCACCUUUGUCAGUGACAAUAGUGUCUUACACAGGCUGAUUAGUGGAGUAAUGACCAGCAAAGAAAUUAUAUUGGGACUUUGCUUGUUAUCACUAGUUCUAUCCAUGAUUUUGAUGGUGAUAAUCAGGUAUAUAUCAAGAAUACUUGUGUGGAUCUUAACAAUUCUGCUCAUCCUGGGUUCCCUUGGUGGCACAGGUGUACUAUGGUGGCUGUAUGCAAAGCAAAGAAAAUCUCCCAAAGAAACAGUUAUUCCUGAACAGCUUCAGAUAGCUGAAGACAAUCUUCGUGCCCUCCUCAUCUAUGCCAUUUCAGCUACGGUGUUCACAGUUGUCUUGUUCCUGAUAAUGUUGGUCAUGCGCAAACGGGUGGCUCUCACCAUCGCCUUGUUCCACGUGGCUGGCAAGGUCUUCAUUCACCUGCCUCUGCUAGUCUUCCAGCCCUUUUGGACUUUCUUUGCUCUCCUCCUGUUUUGGGUGUACUGGAUCAUGACACUUCUCUUCCUUGGCACUACCGGCAGUGCUGUUCAGAAUGAGCAAGGCUUUGUGGAGUUCAGAGUUUCUGGACCCCUACAGUACAUGUGGUGGUACCAUGUGGUGGGCCUGAUUUGGAUCAGUGAAUUUAUUCUAGCCUGUCAGCAGAUGACUGUGGCAGGAGCUGUGGUAACAUACUAUUUUACUAGGGAUAAAAGAAAUUUGCCGUUCACACCUAUCUUGGCAUCAGUGAGUCGCCUUAUUCGCUAUCACCUCGGUACUGUGGCGAAAGGAUCUUUCAUUAUCACAUUAGUCAAAAUUCCACGAAUGAUCCUUAUGUACAUUCACAGUCAGCUAAAAGGAAAGGAAAAUGCUUGUGCUCGAUGUAUGCUGAAAUCUUGCAUUUGUUGCCUUUGGUGUCUUGAAAAGUGCCUAAAUUAUUUAAAUCAGAAUGCAUACACAGCCACAGCUAUCAACAGCACCAACUUCUGCACCUCAGCGAAGGAUGCCUUUGUCAUUCUCGUGGAGAAUGCUUUGCGAGUAGCUGCCAUCAACACAGUGGGGGAUUUCAUGUUAUUCCUAGGCAAGGUGCUGAUAGUCUGCAGCACAGGCUUGGCUGGGAUCAUGCUGCUCAACUACCAGCAAGAUUACACAGUAUGGGUGCUGCCUCUCAUCAUCGUCUGCCUCUUUGCUUUCCUAGUCGCUCAUUGCUUCCUGUCCAUUUACGAAAUGGUAGUGGAUGUAUUAUUCUUGUGUUUUGCCAUUGAUACAAAAUACAAUGAUGGGAGCCCAGGCAGAGAAUUUUACAUGGAUAAAGUGCUGAUGGAGUUUGUGGAAAACAGUAGGAAAGCAAUGAAAGAAGCUGGUAAGGGAGGCGUUGCUGAUGCCAGAGAGCUGAAACCGAUGGCUUCGGGAGCAAGUUCUGCUUGAACCUAGCCGACCGUUAUGGAACCCAUUGACAUUCCAAAACAAUAUAUACACAUAACUAUGUAUUUGUGUGUGUGGGUGUGUGUAUAUAUGUAUAUGUAUAUACACACACACACAUAAUCAGCCAAAAUCAGAGAAAAGGAACAGGGAUUUAAUACCUUUUUUAUGCUUAUUUUUGUCAAACAUGUACUCCUUUCAUACGGGUGGCUUUUACAAGGCAACUGCCGUCAUUUAAUGUUUUCAAUUGUAAUUGUCUUAAUGGAAAUGUUAAGAUUCAUAUCUGAUUAACAUUUUUAAUAACUUAGAGGAGAUUUUAACUUUAGUUAUUUAAAUUAGGAAAAAUUAUUGUACCGAAUUAUCUGUCUAAAGUUUAUUCAGGGGUGAUUUCCCUGAUGUGUGCAUAAAAUCAAGACCUUAUUUUACUGAUGCAUAAGUCCUAGUGGGAUGAGACUAGGCAUAUGCUUUCAGGUAAAUAAGGACUUACUCCAGUCGGUUUUCCCCAAUCAAAGAAGCCAUGUCAUUUUCCUUUUAGAAACAUACAAGUGGACCCAAUAUGGGAGUUUUCAUAAUAGCUCAUCAUUUGUCAGCCAAUAUUAAAAAGUAACCAACUCCUCAGGUAUUUGUAGUUUACCCUAAUGCUUCUAUAAGAGAGUAGGUAAAAAAGAAAAGGGUAGAUAAUCUUUCUUAUGCAAACUUUUUUCUUAUAUUUUGUCUUUCAUUUUGACGUUAGUAGCAUCCUCCACACAUUUGUGUGCCUGAUUUGAAAGGAAGCUGGGGCACCCAGCAAGUUUAGCCUUUAAGUAUCUGUAUAUUGGUUUGCAGACUAAGCAAUGCUGGAAGGAAUAAAAAAAGGGAGAGAAACAUGGAACACAAAGCAUUGAAAAUUCCGGUGCUUGGGCUUCUGUUUCAGAGGAACUUCAGUGGCUUAGGGCUAAGUGGCCAUUUUAUUCAAAUGCUUGCUAUAAAAUCUGAAAACAUACUGGCAGGUGCUCCUCUCCUUGCAAUUCAUUAUGUAUCCAGAAUUCUACAAUGUUUAACUGAAGAAUUAGUUAAUGUUUUGAUCCUCAAGUGUUGAACGUUCUUUGUGUUUGGGGAUGGGUUUUGGGUUUGGGUGGGUUUUUUAAUUCCUGAAGCUUACCAGAUAUGAAUGGCUAAUAUUCCAUUGUUCUGCUUAUUGUAAUGGUGAAUGCUUUAAGAAAAAAAAGUGUAAUUUGCUAAGAAUAAUUCAUGAUCUGUUUAUGCGAUAACUCCUUUUUGUUACAAUUUUUUUAAAAAAAGCUAUUUUUGUUAAUGUAAAGUAAAUAUUUCAGAGCAGAUUUUUUAAACUUAUUGCACUAAAUACAGGCUCUGUACAAAAAAAAAAAAAAAGCCUCAGCAUUUUAUCAUUCCACGGAAGGAGAAUUUUUUGAAAGAAAGCAUUGCCUCCUACCAGAAUUAGACAAUGAAUUAGACCAGUAUUAUGGAAAUGCACAUAGUUAAUGUCACUAGGGCUUAGUAAGCAGCUGUUUGCUAAUGUGCUUCCUUUCAAAGGGUUGGACCUUUAAAUUGCUGCAAAAGGUAAAUCAUAUUUUUUUUUAAGUAUCCAUGUUCUUUAGCUAGGCUAAAAGUUGCUAAAUGCCUCGGUUUCUUUUCAAAGCUCAUGUAAUAUUUCUGAUUUUUUCAGAAUAUUUGCAAUAAGAGUCUGAAAUUUUUUUUUUAAAGAAACGAGCUCAUGUCUUGGCAAGAUCACAGAAAACAACAUUGUGAGAGUAGCUAUUUUGAAAAAAUAAUUCUCCAGAGGUUAACAUCUAACAUCCGAUGUCACUAAACGGUAUCAUUGUACUCUUUUCUAUCAUUCGAAAUGGAAUAAAUAUAAUUAUGUAACUAACAAUUAUCCAAAUAGGUGAGAGAGCAAAUCAUGUAAGAAACUUCAGAGUACCUUCUGUUUCAUAGCCACACAGAUUAUGGACAUUAAGACACAUUGGGAACUAAAUUUAGGAUUGGCAAAAGUCUGGAAGAUGGGUAUCAAAACAGAAGACAUUCCAAGAGCUAGCUAUUUUAGGAGGUGUCCCUCCAAGGUGACCUGAUGGAAGUCUUGAGUUUGGAAAUUAGGUUCUACUCACUCGGAUAUCCCAGCACCAUGGACUGUUGCUGCUCCCUGUUCCAUAAACUCACAAUCUCAGCUAUUUGGAAGCCACCAGGAAUGCUUUCUAAUUAUCAUUUGCAACUAGAACUGUAAUCAGAAAGAAAUUUUGUAUUUUUGUAUAACUUGAUUGUGUGCCAUUUUAUAUAACAGGUCCUGUUUUACAAAUAAAUUUUGUUUUACUAACAUUGUGUUUAGAAAUUAUGAUCUAUGUGUAACCAUGUCAUUUGAGUUCCCAAUUAAUUGCCAGGCUGUUUCCCCUAAGUGGAUAUGUGUGCCGUAUGAGUAGAUAUAUGCAGAUAUGCAUAUAUAUUACACAGGCACACACAGAGAGAUAUUUGAUUUAUAGAAUAUCACUCUGUCAUGAGCUUCAUUCCUUGAUGCAUUUUAGAGGGCCUCAGAGAGGCUUCUAGCAAUAUUCGAAUGUUUUGAGGUUAUGUUUGGAUAGUCCUGCUGCUGCUUUCAUUCAUCGCGAGUCAUUCUUCAGCUAGCUCUGCCUUCUUGCUGUUCGCGCACUGCCUCCAUCUCUGCCCAAGUGAGGAGAAUAGAUGAAGGACAAAAAUUAUCUGUGAAAUGUGGCUACCUGAAUAGUUUUAUAAACCACUGACUGUGUGUGGUGGUGUUUGUCUUGUUUCUGUGGUGGAUCUUCAAAAUUGUGUUCAGGAUGCCUGUUUCCAGAGUUACAGUUAAGGUCCUCUAUUGUCAAUGGUAAUCACAGUGAGAAGAGAAUCGUGACCACUGCUGCCAUCAGAAAAUUAAGGCUCUGGUGCCUCCUGGUUUAGAUUUUCUAGGCUCCUGCCUCAAGAGUAAGCUCUGCCGUAAGUGAUACUCCUGUCUCAAUAGUAAGGUCUGCUGUAUGUGAUAUUUCAGUAUAAAUCCAAGAGACCCAUCUUCUGUGGGAGGCUUACCAGUACGUUAGGUAAACAUUAGGAAUUUUAGCUAGAGCCCUGAGAUUGUCUAAUCCUUGCACCGAUGCGCACAGCUCAAAGCAGGUUAUUCCUUUAAACCAUUUAAUUCAAUGUGUAAUGUUUAAGGAUUAAAGCUUUUAUCCUAUCCCAUAGCAUAAUUAAGUGCUAAGUUACUGCAAUUUAAGUAGCUUAACUGUGUGUUGGUCCCUAAACUUUUUCCAUAAUGGUUGAGGAGGGGGCACUCACUGAGUCUGUUUAAAAAUUAAGCUGGAAAUAAGUUUUUCCUUCAUGGAGAUGCUCCAUUACUCUUAUUUUGUAUUUUUUCAGCAAAGGGCAUUAAGCUGCCAGUUCCCAAUACCACUGACCUUGUUAUCUGCCAAGGGUUCCCGUACCUUCCCAGGGCAGUUUCAGGAUUUCACUCCUGAAGGGGGAUGGGGGAGAUGACCCCUUCCUUGAUUGUGGUCCUGAGCCACUUGAAACCAGAGUAAUGCUCCUCCCACCCUCUCCCUUAAAACAGCUGCAGAAACUACAGGCACCAAAUAAAUAUUCAUGAGGCCAUAUUAGUGCCCUUAAGGCCCCAACCAUUUCCACCAAAUACCACUACUAGCUGAUAAAGGCCAUUUCAAGAGGUCUCCUGGCCUUCAAAGUAGAAUUCUGGGGUCAGUUCCAAAACUAGAGCUGCCAAUUAUGGUGACCUGAACGUUUUAUUUUAUUUUGAUCAGUAACCUCACUUGAAUUUUUGGAGUUUCCAAUAGCCUUAACAUAGCCUCUGAGAAGUUUCCUUCAGAAAGGUCUUUCUAAGCUUUCACCUUUCAAUAAGUUCUCUACUGCUUUUUUUUUUAGCCACUACUUAAAAAAACAAAAAUGAAAUCCUCAGAGUGUGGAGGCUUCUCAGUGCAUCUGCCACAGUUAAUUUCUGUAUUCUUUUCACAUAUUCCAUCUGACAGAUAAAAGUGCACUAUAAUGGCUUACCUAGAGUUGUUAAGAUGUGGUCUGUGAAUAUAUAUUGGAAAAUUGUGGGUUCAUAAGUAAAUGCAUAAAGCAGAGCUUUGUGUGUUAUAUAUUCACAGUGUAGAAUGCAUUUUGCUUUAAAUGCAUAUUCAUGUAUCUUUGGGUACGAAGGAAUACAUGUUAGCCCAUUUGAAAAGUAGGCACUCUUCAUAUACCAUGGCUGCUUUCAGAAUAAGCUCAUCUUUUUAGUGGCACAUAGCCCAAAUUGUGGAAAAACAGGACCCUUGAAUGUGCCAAGAGAAAAUAUAAACCUAGCAAUCUUAGAAAACAAAAGGCUAAACAUGUUGUGUACACCUAAAAAUUUUAAAUAGCACACUUUCCCCCAUUCACAUUUCAUAAACUUGAGUCAAAUUCUUAUUCUCCAAGCUUUAACUUAAGAGGAAAAUUUUAAUCCAAGGUUUAAAUCUUUGAAGAUAUCUUUCUUAUAAAAAAAACUUCAGUGCAAAAUUUUUAAAUUUGAGAAUUUCUGUGGAAACCUUUUCUAUGGAAAUACUAUUAGUACCCUUUUUUCCUCCAUAUCUCCUUGAUUUUUAUAUAUGUAUAAAAAGACAAAUGAUGCUUCCAUUUCAAUAUCACUUGAACAGUUAUCACUUUUCUAAAUUAAAUGAGCAGGAUUUAAGUUUGAUAUUUCCUAAAGGAAUUCAUUAGUAAAUUUGUGGAAAAGACAUGCAAUUGUUAAGGACCCAAAUAUUAGGCUAUUUUACUCAGUUUUGAUACUCAGUUUUACAACAUAAAUGAUUGAGGAAUAAACACCCUAGACCAGGGAAUUCAGAAUAGUAAAGCUUUCAGGUUACUCAUGGUCUAAUCAAGAUCUAGCUGACCAUGAAAACGUUGGAAUUUCCAAAUAUUUCAGAAAUGUUUCCCUUUUAUUUGCUAAGACCCGAAUUUAAUAUUUGAUAUUCAAAAGCAGGUUCUGAAUCUUUUGAGGGGACCAAGGGCCCCUUUGAGAAGCUUAUGAAAGCAAUGAACUAUCUUUCUCUCAAAGUCACAUAGCCUACCUAUGAACAUUUAAAAUACUAAUAAUUUCAGGACCCUCAGACUGCCAGCCUCCACCCCACCCCCAUACCCUCAGGGCCUAAUGAAAACAAGUCAGAGGCUGCUCUAAAGUUGGUUUGAUAAUAUACUUGGAAAUGAAAUAGUGAUUAGGCCUCCAUUGAAGAUACUUUUAAGAUGCUACUUACCAAUUUCUGACCUGCAAUCAUCUUUUUUUUAAUUGAUGUAUAGUUAAUUUACUAUGUUGUGUUAAUUUGUGGUGUAAAGUGAUUCAGUUAUAUAUACUUUUUCUUCAUAUUCUUUCCCAUUAUGAUUUAUCAUAGGAUAUCAAAUAUAGUUCCUUGUGCCAUACAGUAGGACCUUGUCGUCUGGAAUCAUUUUUAUAACUUGAAAACUUUAAUUUAGUACCAGCUUUGAAAAUAGAAACCACACUAAUGUGAAUGAAAAACAGGAUGAUCAACACUGAAUCUUCAAGACAGUAAGAUUUCUUUCCUUGGAGGUAUGAGGGUAAAUUUUUGACAAGGUACCAAGUUAUUUGCAGUGGACAAGAAAAUCCAAGAAGAAAUGAAUAGGGAAUCCCUGUAAUUAUCCAUCUACCAAAACCCUAGAUUCUUUAUUAUUGUCGCUCAGAUGUGACAUCUGUGGCAUAGUGUUAUGAGUAGAUUGCUGUCUAAAAAUAUUAUCUUGGUCAGCAUGACCGAGAAGAUGAUCAUAAAUUAGCAAACUCACUGUAAGUCCAUAGCUGACAAAAAAUUUUAGUGGCAAGUUGGAGGAGCAGGUGCUGGGGGGAAGAAAUUCAGAAGUUGUUUUUUUACCUGCAUAAAUCAGGGAGAUGUUUCCUCCUGAUUUGAAUGUUUUCCAGUAACCACUAGAGCAGCCUUGGACCACUGCCAAUGGGACUGUGCCUCCACUCCCCACAUCCACCUCACCUUCCUUCUUUUGGAUUUCUUCACAUGUACACCUUGCUAUUAGGUAAGGAUGCUGAAACUAUAUGGAGUGUUCUCUGGGCCCUCGAAAAAGCAGGCAGACAUCCUUAAAGGAGUUUGAAGUUUUUUUAAGAUUUGAUUCCAGUGGGUCUUGACUUAUAGUCAGACAUCAAACUAUUACCUACAUUUUCAAGCUGAAGAAAGCAAUGGAAGUGUCAUAAUUGGCUGGUGAAGAAAAUAGAAAAGUCAGCUCCCUUCCCCACCCCACACCCCCAGAAAAGCUCUAUUGAACCUUCCACAGUAGCAAAGGGAGAGACCAUGGGUGGAAGUUCCCAUUUUGGGUGGAAAAGGGCCUAAGUCCAGUGUAAGUAUCUAUAUUUGAUAAUGUCUUCUUGUCAUAGAAGUGUAUGACCUGAAGGGAAUGUCUUGACUUUCACAUAGGAAUCUGAUCCACCCAUCCCAUCUGCUAGGAAAUUCGUUUGAGUUAGUUAUUUUUUGAGGAAUACGUAUUAAACCAUUCCAUGCGAGUAAAAUGAGCAUUGAAAAGAAGACUUGAGGAAUGAAUGGGCGCAGGACUGAAGUGAACUUCCCACCAGCAUCCUGCAGACCAUUCUACCUGCCACUAGAAAAUGUGAGCACUUCCUUCAUUUACCACAUUGAUCAUUAGGCCAGAUUUUUUUUCAAAACUUGUGUGAGGUAAUUCACAGGAAUGAAACAAUACUAGGACAGCUUUGGGACUGAUGAUUGGAGACAGAGACUACUGAGUAAAUUUUCCCCAUCCUCUGGGUUCUGGCAGUGUGCUCCCAGAACUUUUUGGCCCUCAUAUUUUGGCUAGUUUUAAUUUUCAAAGACACCACAGGGGGAAAAUUACCUUUCUUCUACUAUAUCGCCUUAGUGCUUCUAGAUUAUUUUGUUGUUGAAGUUCUCUUGAUUUCUUCCAUCCUACAAAAGGGUACUGGGAGCUCCAUAAUGAAGUUUCAGUUAUACUGUCUCAGAAGAUUCUUGACCAUUGAAUGCACUUCUAAUAGAUCUUGUACCCAGUGAAAUAAAUUCAGUGGGUUGUUAGCUGAUUUGAUUUGUUACAGCUAACACAAGAGUGGGGAGAAAAGUUUGGAGGGCACCUAACAAAAUGACAGGGGCUCUGGGAAAACAACCAAAGACAAAAGCAUAUCUUCUAAAGACCAAAGGUCCAACUUUAAGUACUUUCUGGCACAGCCUUCCUGAACUGCUGAGUUUAGCAUAGGCUCCUAGAAUAAAGCAGCCAAGUUUUAAAGAUCAGUCAACACAAAGGGACCUGCUCUUCAUCUCUCAGCCUCUGAGCCUCACAUCCAGGGUCAGAUCCCGUCCAGUGUAUGGGGUGAUUUGAACAGAAAACGCCCAUCAGUGUGUUUCGACAUCUCACUGCUGUGUAAUCCAGCAUGAGAAGUAUGUUGUGGUGCCACAUAUUUUUCAGUCUGAUUCCUUUUUUGUCUUUUUGGUUUUGUUUUGUUGUGCCUUUUGCAUCCUAUUUCAUAGUGUCAAAAUGAAUUUUUGUAUCAUGUUUGGUCUUUGUCCCUCACAAACUGUAGGAUCAUGGUUAAGCCUUCCAUGAAUUCCCUGGUUCAGGAUCUUUUACCUUAGCAUUAUUCUGAGUUUUUUCCUUAUUGUUAUUUCUUUAUUACAGUGUCAUUACACUGUAUUCAGGUGGGGAAACAAACAUGUCGGUGCUUGAACAUGCCCCACAGACAUGGUUGUAGCCUUGUGGUAUUGGUGGCUGUCAUUAUUGACACAGUGCAGACUUUACAGAGUGUUGUGCUCUCAGAGGACUUUAAAAAUAUGUAUAUUAAGCAAUUAACUUUCUGGAGUUAUCAAAUCUUGCUGGGCAAUUAACUUCCAAGGGCUCUGAAUUGGAUGGAAUUCCAUCUGGCUUCAGAGUACAAUGAGCCUAUAUAAAAUGGAGCUUUGAAAUGUUUUCCUUGUGCAGAAAUAUGAACUAGAAAAAAAAAGUGCUGAUCUGAUGCUAAGUUUUCUGUGUACUGACUCAGUUACCAGAAUUAUAAUGAAAACUGUAUUUUAGUCUA